AUGCACGGGAAGUCAGCGGAGCCGCAUACUCCAAUAAAGAACAACCCAAACACAAAAACGCUUAAGAGCACCCAGGGAACAAAGCCAACAGAGGGGUUUAUUCUAACAAACACCGCGCUCAAUACGUAUGUAUAUGAAUAUCUAAAGCCUCUGUCCGAGGAGACGUAUGGCUUGCUGGAAGAAAGAAACAAGAAGCCGUUCUCAGAAGAAAUAAAAAACAAAAAGCUGGAAAGCACAAAAAAAAACAAAAACAUCCUAAACAGUCUCAUAGGAUCGCUCGUUGACACAGUGGAUGUAGAAACACUGGAGAUAACAGAAGAGGAAAAAAGAAGCCGAAGAAUAACGAAUAAGUCAGACCCGCCUGCAGACAUCAAUGAGGCUCUUUCAGCGAUCCUAGGCAGCUUGGCCGAAGAGACAGAGAUAGAAAGCAUAGAGAAAAGCACGGACUAUUUUGAAAUACUAAAAAAAGUAGAGAAAAUAAACGCAAACAACCGGAAAAAGAUAAUAGAAAACAGAAGCACGCACAUAAGCUAUUUGUUCUACCAUUCUCUCCUUGAGAAAAUAGACACAAACAUAGAAACCCUCUUUAAGAAGCUGAAAAAGAAGAAGAAGAAAGAAGAAGAUGCCACUUACUACCAGGAGCUGGAAGACUUGCUGGAGAAAAGAAGCCGGUUUAAAUCGAUAUGUAAAGAGCUGCCAGAUGAGAUAGAGGAGAUAGAAGAGAGCACUCUAGGCCUAGAAAGCGUAGAGAACAUCCUGAACAAAGACGAGCUGGAAGUAGUGAAAGAUAUGCUCCCUAAGAUCUAUCUUGAUUCAUGGAAUAACUAG